AUGCGUCAAUCUCAGCAGAGACAACCCUCAACGUCGAAGCCCUUGCAAGCUCUUACGUCAGCCGAAAUUCCCACAGUGCACCUUUCCAAACAGGGCCAGAAUAAUAGUCUUCAGAGACAAUUCCAAGGUGUUUUACAAGAAUCCGAGAACAAGUUCGCGCCAGAAGGCAUCCUGAGGCUUGGCAUUCUCUACCUCGAAAAGGGGGAACCGUUGCAAACUAUAAAACGGUUCGAAUCUGCAUUAAGUGCACUGGAGAAGGACAAAGUCUCCGUUAAAAUGUCUGAAACUGGCCUUUACAUCGCGGAGAAUCAGGGUGUUGCAUAUAUGAACUUGGACAAGUGGGACAAGGAGAAGCAGAUGUUCCAACACGCCUACAGAGGAUUCAAGAAGGUCCAUAGUUCGACUCGCGAAUCCACCCUUCCUACACUGAACCACCUAGGAAUCCUCUUUAUGAAGCAGGGAAGGUUCAGGAAAGCCGAGAGUACAUUUGACAGUGCAUUGCAGCUUGAAGAUGUGUCAACCCGCAAAAAGCUGCCAAUGCUCUGUACGACGAGUAAUUUAGGCAUGCUCUAA